AUGAUAAGAGACCAUGUUGUCACCCAAGACAAUAACGAUAGUAGUAGCUAUGAGGACAAGGUGACAGCACUAAAGAACAACGGCGACAAUAUACAACAACAACAAGGAUCGAUUAUAGUGGCAAGUCUUACCCCUACCCCUACAGCUACUAUGCAGAUAAACUCAUCAUCAGCUAUUACAAAUGGUGUUGAGUCAUUAAAUAAUCAUUCAACUACAAUAACAACAGAUAAUAAUCAAAAUAAUAAUCAUAAAAUGGAUGUAGAUUCUUCAACAAUAGAACCAACUAAAACCUCAACAUCGACGACUACAACAUCGACAACAUCAACAACAACUGUAAAUAGAAAAAAAGACCAACCAAAGAAGAGUAAAGUCAAGAAGGAAACAACAACAGCAACAACACCAAGUAAGAGUAAAAGUAAAUCAAAUUCUUCUGUACUCCCUUUGGUUAUUAAUCACACUGGGAAAGGCGAGACAUCUACGUCUACAACAACAACCACGACCAAACCAUCUGUGGUCUCACCAUUGAUAUCGGCUUCAGUCUCUUAUAGUGACACAGAGUCAGAGACUGAUGAUGAUCAAGAUGAACCAAAAGAGUUGAAUGGAUUGGACCAUUGGCGGAGAGACUAUAAUGAAUUGAAAUGGAGAUCAAAUUGGUUAAAUCUUCAAAUCAAAGAUUUACAAUAUAACAACUAUCUAUGUGAACAAUCAUUUACAAAGUUGAGAAAAACAAAGCCAAAAAUAGAUAUAGUUAAAACUAAUCAUCGUAAUGAUAAUAAUAGUAUACAAGAAGAAGAUGAUGAAGAUUUGAAUGAAUCAUCAACAUCGAUUCGAACAACACCUUUGAAAAUCAUAUCAAAGAAACCACGUAAACUACUAAAAAAACAAGUACCAACCAUCACCAAGAAACAAAUCAAAAAAGAAUUUAAUCAGCAUCCUCUAAAUACCACCAAAUGUAAAUUCUAUCAAGCUGAUCAACUUCAUCCUGGAGAAUCAAUUCAAAAAGAGAAAAAGAUUAUUACAAGACCCAAAAAAUUUGAUAUCACAAAAGACAAGAGAUUUCAAUUUUAUGACAAGGAUGAUCAAGAGAUUAAUAUAGAAGAUAUUUUUGAACCACCAGCAACGCCACCUCCACCAUCACCAUCACCAGCAGCACUUGAACAUCAUGACAUUAUCGAUAAUGGACAAAAGAUUAAUGGAACCGAAAAUAAUCUAUUACUACACGAUAGCACCAGUACUCAACAUGUUGAUGAAAAGGAUAAAGAAAAGGAAAAAGAAAAACCAACACCAAAACAAAAAAGAGUGUCAUCAAGAAACAAAACGGCAACAACAACAACAACAACAACAUCAUCACCUAUUAUAUUACAACUUGAAGGUAUUGAUCAAUUUAAAACUGCACCUGUUACACCACCAAAUGAAACUCUUUUAUCGACGACAACUAUAGUGUCUACAGAACAAGAUUCCCUUUCCCUUGGAUCAACUGUGGUGACUACUAUGGAUUCAGAACAAAAUGGUUUUGAUGCUGCCACAGCAGCUGCUGCAUUACAAGAAAUAGACAUGACCUCUUCAACAACACCACCUGUAAAUACACCCAAAACAAGAAAAAAGAGAACAAGAAAAUUUUCAGCAACACCAAAAAAAGAAAAAAAGAAACCAGUAGUGUCUGCAACAACAGCCUCGACCGCAUCAACUACUACCACUGCUGCUGCAACCAUGGAACUUUCUGCACCAAAUACACCUACUCUAUCAACAGCAGCACCCUCAACACCAAAGAGAACUAGAACAAAAAAACUACCAAAAGUGGUGGUAGCGGAUAUGGAUAUUAUCAAACCUGAUCCCCAAGCCGAGGGAUCAGUAGAUAAACUUUUGGAUACCACUACUUCUUCACAGAACCAACAAGAACAAUCUCUAGCUUUGGUCGUAUUGGAAGAGAAACAAAAUUCUGAAUUGACACUAGAAAAUGGAGGAGGACAAGACAGUUACCUUAGCGAAGAUGAAUAUAGUAGUUAUAGUUGCAGUUGUAGUGAUUACAGUGGUGAUAGUGGUAGUGACUAUAGUAGUGGAGAUGAUGACAGUGAUUUUACCUUUAGCGAUAGCGAAAGUCAUCAUCAUCAUCAUCAUAUGGAAAUUGGAUCAGAUGGAGGUAAAGGUGGAAAGACCUUGAAAAAGUCAAGAAGAAAUACUAGACUAUCACAGAAAAAGGGAGACAUUAAUGACAUUUAUAUACCUCUUGUUGGAUCAAACUUUUCGAUUCCAGUCUUGCAAUACAGAGAAAUUGUUACACCUGAAUGGAGAGAAGUCACAGCAGGUGAUAUAAAACAACAAUCUGAUAUGACAAUGCCAUCUCCAUUAUUAUUGGCAGGUAGUAAAUCAAAUGGUACAACAAUUGUCAGUGGCGGUGCCACCUCCUCUACCACUACUUCUUUGACCACGACGACGACGACAAUGACCACCAAUUCACUUGAUCAUAUUGGAUUACAUCAAGCACCUAUACCACCAAAUCCACUUUCACUUGCCAAUAACAAGACAUCGUCAUUGCCACCAACUCCACUUUUGGAAAAGACUAGUCUCCUCCUAACACCCUCUUCAACUCCAACACUUGGUGAAUCUCAAUUGGAUGAAGCACACUUUAUACACAUUGACGAAGGAAUUGUCAUCAAUGAAUCAUUCACAACCACCACCUACAAAUCUAUGGACCCAGUUUCUAAAUUCUCACAAAUCAUUGAUGACCCCAUCAUAAAGAUGAAUCUAGACGGCAACGACGGAGGCGUCGACGCCAACAGCAAGGAAAUGGGUGAGUCGUCAGGUGACGAAGACACUGAUGAUGAAAGCUAUGCAAGAUUUCACGCAGUACACGAGAUUGAAGAGAAAAAGAGAUACUUUACCUAUAUUGAAGAAGGAAAAAAGAGAAAGGACAAACGAGAAUUCAAUCUAUCGGUCGAAGAACUCUUACCAUCUUAUAAAUUUAACAAAAAAGAGAUUAAACUUUUGGGGCCUACAUGGAAUGGAUCGACAGAAAUCAUUAUAAAGAAGCAUCGACAUCGUCAUCAUCAUCAUCAUCAUCGUCAUCGAUCAGGUGAUAAUCAUCCUCAUCAUCAAGAGAAAAAAAGGCGCUAUAUACCACCAAAGAAUAGUAUAGAUGCCAUGUUGCUUGAUGAAAAUGGUGCAGAUGUUGAAGACAAUGUAGUAUCAAGAAGAAAAAAGAGACAACCACCACUUCCAUUGCACAAGAGUAUGGGUGGUAUCAGAUCACAAAGAAAAACUCCAUCCAAAAGACUACUAUCAAAGAGUAGUGGAUCAUUACCAACAAAAAGAGGAAAGAAACGUUAUCUUGAUCAAGAUGAUGAAUUUGAAGAUGGUAGCAGCGGCGGCAUCAAUAAUAAUAAUACAAACAGAUGGUGGAUUGAUAAUACAUUUGUUUGGGAACAUGUAAAUUUAAAUAAUCAUUCAACAACAACAAUAGAUAACUUUGACAACAUUAUUAAUCAUCAAAAUAAUAAUAAUAAUAAUAAUAAUUUCAUUAAUCAUGAUAAUAAUAAUAAUAAUAAUGAAAACACAACAACCAGAACCCCUCUUAUUUUAAAACUUAAAAGAACAAAAUCAGAAGAAUAUGUAAAGAAACCUGAUCCUGUUGAAUUGAAUCAUGAAAAAGAGAUAGAUAAUAAUAAUGGAAUCAAAGAGGAAAAAGAAAAUAACGGUCAAAACAAUAUUGAUAAUAUUGAAGAAAAGAAAUUACAAGAAGAAACUAAUAUUAAUAACCAAAUAGAACAAAAGAAAUCAGAUGAAAUGAUUACUUUUGAAAACAAUUUACAUAACCAAUGCGCAGGAAAUGACUCUUUGGCUGGAAGUGGAAAUGGUUUUUUAAAUACAGAAAAUAAUAUUGGAACUGGAACAACAUAA